AUGAUUGAAGAAGAAGAAGAGAUGGAGCUAAAGAAAGAAGAAGAGAAGUCAACAACACCUUCAAAGCAAGUUCCUAUUGAAGAAAAAGUCACUCCUCCUCCAUUUCCCAUAAGGUUAAGCAAGUCAAAGCAUGAAAGGAAAGGAAAUGAAAUCAUGGAGAUGCUUAGAAAGGUUGAGGUAAAUAUUCCUCUUAUUGAUGCCAUCAAACAGGUCCCUAGAUAUGCUAAAUUCCUUAAGGAAUUAUGCACAUCUAAGAAAAGAUUGAAAGGGAAUGAAACUGUCAAAGUGGGUGAAAAUGUAUCUGCAGUGUUACAGAAAAAAUUACCUCAAAAAUGUAAGGAUCCGGGUGUUUUCAUAGUUCCUUGCAAGUUAGGUAAUCUUCAUGUUCCACAAGCUAUGCUAGACCUUGGAGCUUCUAUCAAUGUUUUGCCAUAUUCUAUUUUCAAAACCUUAAAUAUUGGCACAUUGAAGAAGACCGGGGUAAUCAUUCAAUUGGAUGAUAGAUCUUUAGUACAUCCAAAAGGUGUGCUAGAAGAUGUGUUAGUCCAAGUAAAUGAGUUAGUAUUUCCAGCAGAUUUUUAUGUCCUUGACAUGGAUGAUGACGACUCACCAGAUUUAAGCUCAAUUCUUCUAGGAAUAACCUUUUUGAAAACAGCUAGGACAAAAUUUGAUGUUGAUGAUGGUACAUUAUCCAUGGAAUUUGAUGGAGAGGUGAUAAAUUUCAACAUCAAUGAUGCUAUGAGAUAUCCAAGUGAUGUUUCAUCUUUGAAUAUUAUGGAUGUCAUUGAACCAUUAACCGAAGAGUGUUUUGAUUUGUCUAAUCUUGAUGUGUUAGCUCUCAUUUUAGACAGGAAUCUUCAAAAAGGAAAGAGUGGAAAAACAUGCCAAAAUAUUUAA